CAGUCAACAUCAAGAGCAUUCAUUAAAGUGAGCCCAAAAGAUCCAAGUGAUCCUACACAUUCAUGUGCUAUGAGUUUUGAUAAUUUUGUUCAGAUAACUGGUGGUGCUGAAGCUGUUAAAAAAGCACUGUUUGGAGUAUCAACCAUCAUUUACAAGCACCCAUCAAAAGAGAACAUUCCUCUUGAAACUUCAAUUCCUGAUCCUACUCCAAGCAUUAUAAUCCCUUCAGAACUUCCUGUCUAUCCAGCUAGUAACUUUUACUCGGCCCCAGAUGCUGCUAUACCUUCUGUACAUCCAAGCCUGUAUGUCUUAGGGUCAACACGUCAUGUUCCCGAACUUGCUGUACCUGCUGAUGAUCAUGGUCGGCUGCCUAUUUAUCAAUCUAUUCUUCCAGUUAUUCCUACUUAUAGUGCCCCAAAAUGUUUAGGAGAACUUGACAAGAAAUCUGAGCAUGGGGUGUCGAGGCUGCACUUCUUGGAGGAGAGGGACGAGGAGACGCUGUCAAGAAGGUUGAUAAAGCUCAGCCAAAACAACAAGGUUAGAAGUGCCACUGAGCUGUUUGAUUCAAUGCGCACAUCUGGGCUGCAACCGAGCGCACAUGCCUGCAACUCCCUGUUGCCUUGCUAUGUGCAUAGAAGUCCACUGGCGGAUGCAAUGAGGAUGUUUGAGUUCAUGAAGGCGAAAGGAAUGGCGACAGGGCACACGUAUACCUUGAUACUCAAGGCUGUUGCGAGCAAUCAGGGUUAUGUUUCUGCAUUGGAAAUGUUCAAUAAGAUUGAGGAGGAGGAAGAUUCAAAGAAAAUCAUUGACGUAAUUGUUUAUAAUACGAUGAUAUAUUUUUGUGGAAGAGCGAAAGAAUGGAUGCUUGUGGAGAGACUAUGGAGAAGGCUAGAGCAACAUUCUUUGAAUGGAACUUUACUGGCAUAUGAUUUGUUAGACAACAUAUUCGUGCAAUGUGGGCAGUCUGAGUUAGCAAUUGCUGCAUAUCAGGAAAUGCUCCAGAAGGGACUUGAUCCGAGCGAGGAUAUAAUGAAGGCUAUCAUUGCAUCCUGCACUAAAGAAGGGAAGUGGGAGUUUGCAAUGUCAACAUUUAGUAGAAUGAUGAGGGCUGGCAUGAAUCUCGGUUUAAUUUUGUUCAACUCAAUCAUCAACUCACUGGGGAAGGAUGGCCAAGAUGAACUCGCCUUUAGGAUGUACCAUCUGCUGAAACAAUCAGGCCUUAAGCCUGAUCAAUAUACAUGGAUCACACUGUUGUUGGCAUUAUACAGGUCCGGGCGAUGCUGGGACUGCCUAAAGCUUUUCCAUGGAAUCAAAGGCAAGCAUCCGACACUCUUAAAUGAUCAUCUCUACAACACUGCUUUGAUUUCCUGCGAAAAGCUUGGUCAAUGGGAACAUGGUUUGCAGCUGCUGUGGUUGAUGGAAAAAAGAGGACUGAAAUUAUCAGUGGUAUCUUACAAUCAUGUGAUAGGUGCUUGUGAGGUUGCUAGCAAGCCAAAAGUUGCUCUUAAAGUGUACCAGCGCAUGAUUAAUCAGAGGUGUUCGCCAGACACAUUCACACAUUUGUCUAUUAUACGAGCUUGCAUCUGGGGAUCUCUUUGGACUGAAGUAGAGGAUAUAUUGGAGAUAGGACUCCAACCAGUAUCCAUCAAAACAAACAAGCACAUACCAGUGAACGCGUCCGAAGUAAAUUCACUAAUUCUGUACAUCAUUGCUUGA